AGCUCCGGCUUCUCGAUGGAGACCGGGGACCAAUCAGAGCUCUGCUUUCCACAAGUGGCCAACAUCUCCUGCAGGAAGUCUUUUUCUGGGUUAUCUGAAGGUGUUCUUUCGGUUGUCCUGCUGCCCGUCGUCUGCGUCCUCACUGCGCUGCUCAACCUGCUCGUCAUCAUCGCAAUCUCCCACUUCAGGCAACUCCACACUCCCACCAACCUCCUCCUCCUCUCUCUCGCCGUCUCCGACUUCCUGGUGGGACUCCUGCUGUGGCCCGGCGAGAUCUACAUGAGCACAUCCUGCUGGGCUUUAGGUGAUGUUGCAUGCUUUUGGUAUCAUUUCCUUUCCUUCAUCAUCACAUCUGCCUCAGUAGGAAACAUGGUGCUGAUAUCGGCUGACCGUUACGUGGCUAUUUGUGAUCCUCUGCAUUAUCAUCUCAAAGUCACAGUGAAAAGAAUUCAAAUUUGUGUUUGUCUCUGUUGGUUCUUGUGCUUUGUGUACAGUAGCAUCAUUUUGCGGGAUCAGAUGGCUCGCCCCGAAAAGUGUAGCUCCUGUUACGGAGAGUGCGUUAUUCAUAUCGACAUUGGCGGAGGGAUUCUUGAUCUGGUUGUGAUUUUCAUCCUUCCUCUAUGCAUCAUUGUCACUCUGUACUUGAGAGUGUUUGUGGUUGCUGUUUCUCAGGCUCGAGCCAUGCGCUCCCAUGUUGCAUGUGGCAAAUUACAACAUGCCGUCUCUUUGGCAGCAAACAAAUCUGAGUUGAAGGCGGCCAGGACUCUUGGUGUUCUCGUUCUCUUCUUCCUUGUUUGCUUUUGUCCAUUUUACAUUGUUUCUCUCAUGGGUGAUUCAACCUUUUCGUCAUCUGCGCAAUAUGUUCUUUACCUGUUUGAUUUCAAUUCGUGCGUGAACCCCUUUAUAUACGCCUUGUUCUACCCCUGGUUUCGAAGAGCUGUAACGCACAUUGUCACACUGCGCAUUGUGCAGCCUGGCUCCCGUGAGGCCAACAUACUGUAG